CCGCUAGGGAGGACGCUGGGCAGCCGCGGGCCUCCGGGCGGAGCCGCGGGCAGAGCCGGGAGCCCGGCGAGAGGGACAGCUCCACUCCCCGCCGCCCAGUGCCGCCCGCCGGAGACUGUCCUGCCAAGCCAUGCCUCCGUGGGCGGCCGUCCUCGCGCUGCUGCUGGCGGCGCUCGCUCUGCUCCUCCUGCGCCCCUGGAAGCGCGCCGUCGGAGCGCGGACCUCGGUCCGGGACCAGGAGGAGCAAGAGGUGGUGAGCAGAGGCCCCACGGCUCAGUUCAGCGACCGGCGCGAACCGCUCCCCGGGGGCUGCAGCCUGAUUUGCAAGCCCUCGGCGCUGGCCCAGUGCCUACUGCGCGCUCUGCGACGCUCGGCGGCGCUGGAACCCACCCCAAGCUUCUGGCUGUCGGGGCCCCACCUGCAGACCUUCUGCCACUUCAUCCUGCCCGUCGGGCCAGGUCCUGAGCUAGCCCGUGAGUACCUGCAACUGGCAGAUGAUGGGUUGGUGGCCCUGGACUGGGUCAUAGGACCUUGUGCCAGGGGCCGCCGGGUCACUAAUACUGGAGGCCUCCCUCCUGUGCUGCUGGUAAUCCCCAAUGCGUGGGGACGCCUCACCCGCAAUGUGCUGGGGCUCUGCCUACUCGCCCUGGAGCGCGGCUACUACCCGGUCAUCUUCCAUCGCCGCGGCCAUCACGGCUGCCCGCUGGUCAGCCCCCGUCUACAGCCUUUCGGGGACCCGUCCGACCUCAAGGAGGCGGUGACUUACAUUCGCUUCCGACACCCGGCGGCCCCCCUAUUCGCGGUGAGCGAGGGCUCGGGGUCCGCGCUCUUGCUGUCCUACUUGGGGGAGUGCGGCUCUUCCAGCUAUGUGACCGGCGCCGCCUGCAUCUCGCCGGUGCUACGCUGUCGCGAGUGGUUCGAAGCUGGCUUGCCUUGGCCCUAUGAGCGUGGGUUCCUGCUGCACCAGAAGAUCACUCUCAGCAGGUAUGCCUCGGCCCUGGAGGACACAGUAGACACCAGCAAGUUGCUCAGAAGCAGCUCCCUGCGAGAGUUUGAGGAAACCCUGUUCUGCCACACCAAGAGUUUCCCCAUCAGCUGGGACACCUACUGGGACCUGAAUGACCCACUCCGGGAUGUGGAUGAGGCUGCUGUCCCUGUCCUGUGUAUCUGCAGUGCUGAUGAUCCAGUGUGUGGACCCCCAGACCACACUCUGCCCGCGGAACUCUUCCAAAGCAACCCUUACUUUUUCCUGUUGCUCAGUAGCCAUGGAGGCCACUGUGGCUUCCUGCGCCCUGAGCCCUUGCCAGCAUGGAGCCACGAGGUUAUAUUGGAGUCCUUUAAGGCCCUGACUGAAUUCUUCCGAAUGGAAGAGAGGAUGAAAGGACUGAGCAGGCGCAGGACUUCAUUUUUGGGGGGCCGGCGUCGUUGGGGAGGCCUGCAGAAGCGAGAGGUCUCCCCUUCUUCCAAUCUGGAGGAGAUCUUCAGCUGGAAGCGGUCUUACACCAGGUGAAGCUUGCCUGGGGAGGCCCCUGCACCUUUGAGAAAGAUCCCAACAAGGGACCCCAGCAGCUGGAAGACUAAGGACUGAGCGGGGAGCUCUGCUCCCUUCUCCCUUCUCCCUUCAAACUGGAGAGAGAGAGAACUUGCAGCGUGAGCGCCCUAUCCUGGCUCUGACAACCAACAUUCUUGCUCACCCUACUCAGCCUACUGUCUCCUGUCAUCAAAGUCACAAGCCAAGUAACAGCAUGGGCUAAGAGGACUGGGGGGAAAAAUGCUAACUGUCCUUGCAGUGACUGUAGGGAAGAUGAGCUUAUAAGAGUCAAUGGGUGGUUCUGUCCCACAUAAAUAAUCAGAUUGGUGACUCUGAGUCUCGAGCUGGAGCCUCUUGGUACAGAAAGGACAGGAUGUUUGUGUCUCAGUCCUGCUCCCUCGUGUUCUGCGGUUGUGGUUCCGCUCCGACUUCUGCACGAGCAGCUGAGGAAGCAGGCUGUCAGAGUUGCCUAGCUCUCCCCAGUCUGAGAAGGCAGCAGAGGCAGGACAUGCCGGGCUAAGGCCAGCUUGGUAAAUGCUGGCGAGGGUAGAAUGUGAGUCUGUCCCUGGACGCCUCUCAUGGUGGCUGCGAAGUAAGUUGGGCCUCUAGGCCACGCCCUCCAGCCCAGUCUGAACUGGCUCCCAAGAGUAUUUUAGAAAUAGGAGAUGCUGUUGCCCAGGGUCUAAGGGCUCUGCUAGCCGGGCGGUGAUGGCACAAACCUUUAAUCCCAGCACUCGGGAGGCAGAGGCAGGCGGAUCUCUGUGAGUUCGAGGCCAGCCUGGUCUACAAGAGCUAGUUCCAGGACA